AUGAUCCCACACGUCAGGCAGCUUGCUUCUUCUGAUGAUACGCAUCUAACAUACGCGGGCAUUGAUACUGAUGAUAUUCAAUCAAGUUUAAAUCAUGAUUUGGAGAACGUUACGAAUUGGCUUAAAGCAAAUAAACUUACUCUAAAUACGACAAAAACCGAAUUCAUGUUGAUAGGCUCAAGGCAAAGGUUGUCUACUCUUACAAAUCUCCCCAAGCCUGAAAUCAAUGGUUCUUCAAUAGACCAAGUAACAAGUACGAAAUCACUUGGAGUAUACAUUGAUAGCAAUUUAACUUGGAGUGACCAUAUUGAUAAACUAACCAAGAAAAUUGCUUCAGGAAUUGGGGCCAUUAAGCGAGUAAGACACCUUGUUCCUCAACUAACUUUGCAAAAAAUUUAUCACGCCCUAGUCCAGCCGCACUUUGACUAUUGUAAUGUCGUUUGGGGCAAUUGUGGUACUACUCUACAUAAUAAAUUGCAGAAACUACAAAAUAGAGCAGCCCGUGUCUUGACCCAUUCAAGCUACGAUGCCAGCGCUGACAAUCUUUUUARAAUUCUGGGCUGGAAAACCCUAGAUUGCCAGCAACAAAUGGCACGUGCAACAAUGGUUUUUAAGAGCGACUGUCCAGAAAUAUCGAGCAUAGUCCGGCCACAGAAUUUGAAAUUUUCAUUGUGGCCGGAUAUUUUAGAUUUUGCUCGAUUUUUCUGGACAGUCGCUCUUAAGUGUCGACAUGGGCUUGCUCCUAAUUAUCUUUGUAAUAAAUUUAGUAACCACAUUUCUUCAUAUGCACUAAGGGACUCUGUCGACAAAGUCAAUGUUCCAUUACCACGUACUAACUAUGGUAAAAAUAGCUUCAGUUAUAGUGGAGCUAUUGCAUGGAACAGCCUUCCAAGUAAACUAAGGCAGGCAGAGUCCCUUAGGCAAUUUAAACAUCAUUCUAUUAUUACAAACAAUUUAAGGCACGGCAUUCAUGGAAAACAGCUUUUUUAG